AGAAAUAAGAGCAAGAAUAGUCACCAUAAAUCAAAGAGAUUUCUUGCACCAAGAAAGCAAGAUCUUGUGACAUUUCUUGCGCAAGAUCUUGGGCAAGAAAGCCCUCGCAAGAAAGUCGACUAGGGGAUUCUAUUACGGCUUUUUUUAGAUACUCGCGUUGCGACAGAUGAGAAUAAAAUUGAUUUUUGUCCAAUUUCGACCGUUUUAUUUGCCACUCUUCUCUGCGUAGAAUACAAUAUUUUGAUCUGUCGGUGCUGGAAUGAGUCUUGAGUGAAAUUUAUUUAAGCCUAUCGUGUAUCCGUGUAUCAUGUAGUACACAGAAAAUUGUCGUGCCAGCCGACAUUUCCCUGCAGACUCAUGUGUUCAUGUCUUUUUGUUCGUUUGAUAAAAGUCGAAAAUUGUAUUAUAUAAAGCUGAGAGAUGUUUCAUUUUGUAGAUCAAAGCAUGCUUUUCAAAAUUCACAACCGACUCUAGUCAAUUAGACAGGUUGUUUUGCUUUUACAAUUAGUUUGCCAUGAUCAGUUAAGUUCAAGUUUCGUAGGAACCCUUUGUAUUCCAACUAUAGCAGAACCAUGGCUAAUCCAAGCGAACUGACUGGGAAGUAACCUUUAAAGAGUAUUUGAUUUUACUUAUUUACGAUCAGGUUGAAGUGGGUGUUUCCUAGUGCUCUAUAUAUAUACUAAUCAUUUAUGUCAAGUCAGAUGUUAAUACCAAAAUUACCAAAGCGUUAAUUUUACUGGAAAAGUCUAAAUUACUGGAUAAAUCUAAAUAAACCACAGCUAUUUUACUCAAGCGUCAUAAUCUUUAAUCGGAGGUCACCAAAUGAAAAUAAAGAUUUAUAAAAAAUAGAUUGAAAUAAAGAAACCUUAAACUUUGUCUUAUCUCUGUUUCCCUUGAUUAAAACAUUUUUUUCGCAAUAAAACAGAACUGCAUGUUUUAUUUCUUUCACAGCUUUUGAAAUUGCUUCUAGAGAUGUAUUUCACAGUAACAUUCCUUUUGUUCCUUAAUACUUCGUUAUUUAUCUGUACUGUAUUGGGUAGACCCACUCCUAAAACUGCAACAAAAGCGUCUCAUUCAAAACAUACCAAGGUAAAACCAAUCAACUCUGACAUUGAGGCAUUCAAUUACUUAGGCAAAUAUGGCUAUAAUCGAUGUGGUGACGGAAAACAUAAAGAAGUUGUAUGUGCGAUGAGUAUUCAAAGUAUGUUACAACAUUUUCAAACGGUUUUCCAUUUGCCUGUCACAGGGAAACUCGAUGAUAAAACCAAGAAACUCAUGAAUACACCACGUUGUGGACUAGGCGAUUAUCCAUUAUCUUAUUCUGCUUAUAAGCCAUGGCCGAAUAGAACUUUAACGUGGAAAUUGAAAAAUGAAUUACCGAAAUUUGGUUCUAAGAGUAAAACAUAUAUACAAGAAGCAUUCAAUGACUGGACUCGUUAUGCACCAAUAAAAUUGCAAGAAAUAUGCUCAACAUGCGGGACAGCCGAUUUUAAUUUGGCAUUCACUGAAGCUGAUCAUCAGGACGGUUAUCCAUUCGACGGACCAGGAGGAACUCUGGCGCACGCCUUUUUUCCAACUGACGGAAAUGUGCAUUUUGAUUCAUCGGAAGAAUGGACGGAUAAGUACGAUGGAUUUGGCUAUAAUCUGAGACUCGUUGCUUCACAUGAAAUUGGUCAUGCGUUAGGACUUGCACAUUCGUAUGACCAAAGUGCGUUAAUGUAUCCAUUUUAUCAAUUGAUGCAACCCGGUGAUUUGUUACCAAAAGACGACAGAGAUGGUAUUAGAGCAUUAUAUGGCAAUCUUACAAACACAAAUCCUUCAUCUUCUGCACCAACAACGUCAAAACCGAUAUAUACUACAAAACAUAAAACUACAAAACAUAAAACUACAAAACAUAAAACUACAAAACAUAAAAGUCACCAUAAACACACAACAAAAGCAUCUCAUGUUCAUAAUCCGACACUUGAACAUAAUCAAUGUGCACGAUAUCUUGAUGCUGUACUUGAAGGUAAAGAUCAAUGGCUAUAUACACUGGAUUAUAACCAUGUAUGGCGAUAUCAUCCCACAUAUAAACACUGGGAUACUAGAGGAAUACCAUUGAAAGAAGUGUUCCCGGGAGCAGAGGGACACAUGAUGGCUGGUAUUAUGUCACCAGCUACACAAAAAAUAUAUUUGUUCAAGGGCUAUCGAGUAUGGCGAUUUACUUCUUCACAUUCGUUAGAUAGCGGUUUUCCGAAACGGUUGCAUGGCCAUGGCACACCAUUUAAUCCCGUUGCAGCGUUAUAUGAUGAAAAAAAGAUUUGGCUUAUAAAAGGUGACCUUUUAUUUCCAUUUGAUGAAACAAAACUAAAAUAUAUCAAUGACAAACCACCAAAACGAAUAAGCGAACAAUUUCCGGGUAUACCUCGUCGAGUUCGCACAGCUUUUACAUAUGAGGGUAAACAUUAUUUUUUCAUCGAACCUAACAGAAAAGUCUAUGUAUUUAAUCAAGCGACAAGACGUUUAGAUCCCGGCUAUCCACGUCAAAUGGAAACAGGAUGGUUUGCAUGUACAGAACAGCAGUAA